GUUGCACACAGUGCCCUUGACUUCCUACGAGAGGUGAUAGCGGGGCAGUGAACGCAGGCAGCCGGGAGGAGGUCGAUUAAAUAUCCACAUUGAACGGGUGGUUUGUCGCCAUGGGGUUCUUACCAGACGAGGGGAAGUGUCUCCCUCCGCCGGCAGUCGUGAACAGGAGCUCGGUGUGGCUGUCCGCUGCAGGCUGGUGCUCCGCGAUGCUUCAUAACGCCAUCAACCACAGGCCGCCGCUCAAAGCAGGUGUUCAUCGACAAGUCCUGAUGGCAUCAGUUGGUUGGUUCAUCGGCUACCACCUUACAAAAUAUGAAAAUUACAUUUAUGCCAAGCAUGAUAGAGAUAUGAAUGGGUAUGUCAAACUCCACCCUGAGGAAUUUGCAGCCAAGGAAAAAAAGACAUUCGCAGAGAUUGUCGAGCCUUUCUAUCCUGUACGCUAAGUGUCAUGGCUGUUGGAAGACGGAAGAGUGAGGAAGAGAGAAAACAUUUGCAGACUACCACCUGUCUUGAGUGGUGUUUUUGUGAACAUUUCUGUCAUUUAUUGUUAAAUAUAGAUAUGUAAAUAAAGAAAAUACCCAAAUUAAA